GCUUGAACUCCGCGUUGACCUUCUGCAGCCCCACCUCGUGCAUUUAAAAAUCAACGCUACCUAGCCGAUUUUCGACGGGUCUGUGCAUGAGUUUUUAAAUUGUAAAAAGAAGAAGAAAGGGAAAAAGGGCGUGGUAACUCGACACGUGUCACGAUUUCGUUCGCGAGUUUGCAGCCACGAGGCGACAAGACCCCCAAGAUUGCUUCUUGGCCUCGGCGAAUUUCAAGGCGAAUAUCGCCUGCGUGUUGUCUUAGGGGGAAAGAACAACACUUACCCACCGGUGUAUCAGUUUCAGUUCUGUUCACCACUCCAACAUAAAUUGCUAGAAACAACAGGGACAAUGUCGGAGAGAGAGGAGCUUCUGCCCCGCCGCACGUCGACCUCGAGCUCGAGGAAGCCGUCGCGCUCGGCCCGUCGGUCCGAGGUGAACCAAGAGACGUUCCAGUCGUCGUCAGCGAGCGCGGGCCCCAUCCUGCCCGCCCAGGCCGUGGCGGACCACCAUGACGAUGAGUUCCACGACCCGCGCUGGGCAGAGUACUCGGGCCGGCCCAAUGCCCUCACCCGCUUUCGGUACAUUUGGCGCGAGGAGCUGGCCGAGAUGCUGGGCACGUCGAUGAUCAUCUUCUUUGGCGCGAGCGUCGAGGCCCAGACGUCGCUCCACUACGACAUCAACAAGGGCCACCCUUACAGCUUUGGCGACUACAACAGCUGCCGCCUUGCCUGGGCUGCCGGUGUCGCAUGUGGCAUCUGGAUUGCCGGUGGUGUCAGCGGAGCGCACCUCAAUCCCUGUGAGUGGAUCUUCUCUUAUCUCCUCCUCCUCAUGCAAAGCAAUUCCUCCCAACUGAUGAUGACGGCGCUCAUCCUCACAGCUGUCACGCUUGCGCUGUGGAUGUACCGUGGCUUCCCUGGCCGUCGCGUGCUCUGGUACAUUGGCGCCCAGAUCCUCGGCGCGAUGCUGGCCUCCUUUGUCGUCUAUGCCAACUACCGCUACUCGAUUGGCCUGUACGAGGGUGCCGGCUUUCCCUCGACUGUCCGUACUGUCACGGGCCCACACGCCACGGCGGGCAUCUUCUUUACCUUUCCACAGCCCUGGCUCCCCGCUUCGUCUGCCUUCUUGUCCGAGGUCGUCGCCACCGCCGUGCUGGUCGCCGUCGUGCUCGCACUCAGCGACAAGAACAACCUUCCGCCUCCCAAGGGCACCAUGGCCUUUGCCAUGUUCAUUGUCCUCAUCGGCAUCGGCGCCUCGAUGGGCGUCAACACGGGCUACAGCCUGAAUCUCGGCCGCGACUGGGGCCCCCGCCUCGCCCUCUGGAUCCUCGGCUACGGAAACGAGAUCUGGACGCACAACUCCUACUACUUUGCCUGGGGCCCCGGCCUGGGCGCCCUCACUGGCGGCCUCGUCGGCGGCUUCAUCUACGACUUCGCCAUCUACACGGGCCGGGACUCGCCCCUGAACCGACCCGUCGGCGGCACAGCCAACCCAAAGGUCAACGAUGAGGCCAUUCUCGACGAGAGCGAGGCCUGAUUCUCCGUCCCUGUCCCUGCUGCUUUCCUUUCUCUCCCUCCUCCAUUUUCCUGCUUCCUCCACGAGCAUCAAUAGACGACUAGAGCAUCAUCCCUUUCACGAAUAGAUUGACUCCCCCUCCCAACGGCCGACCCCUUUCACACUUGUGCGCUCGCUUGCUCGCUCACAUUUCAGCGCCCUCGUAUCUGAAGGCUGAGUCGAACAGAAGGCGCCCGUCUCCCGCCUUCCACGCCAUUUUCU